UUAUGUACGAGUCACUUUCAGUAUAGAACUAAACGAUGACAUCACCCAAUAUUAUGCUAUGUUAUAUUACAAGCAGUUGACAUAUAUUAUAUACAUAACCUAACCUAAUUUCUGUUUUUCAAAUAAAUAACUAGAUUAAAUAUUAUCCUAGUCGGUAAGUUAUGGGUGGAUUAAGAAUAAGAAAUACCGCUGUCUCUGUCAAGAGUGUCACAGCGUUAGAUGCGUUUCCAAAAGUUCCUGAAUCAUAUGUGAAGACAUCAAAGUUAGGAGGCACACUUUCACUGAUCAGUUAUAUAUUAAUAUCAUGGUUGCUGUAUUCAGAGUUAAAAUAUUACUAUACAAGCAGAUUCAUAUUCAAAUUUGUUCCGGAUACUGAUAUUAACUCAAAGUUAACUGUUAAUAUUGAUUUGACAGUUGCAAUGCCUUGUGCACAUAUUGGAGCCGAUAUUCUAGAUUCUACAAAUCAGAAUGUUUUUGCUUUUGGAACUUUAGAAGAAGAAGAUACUUGGUUUGAAUUGGCUCCAGAGCAAAGAAGUUAUUUUGAUUAUUUGCAACAUUAUAAUUCAUACCUACGUGAAGAAUUUCAUGCUCUUUCGGAUGUUUUGUGGAGGUCCGGUCAAUCUGCACUACGUUUGAAUAUGCCACAUAGAUCAGUCAUACCUGAUAGACCCAAGGAUGCAUGCAGAAUAUAUGGAUCAUUGACACUCAAUAAAGUAGCUGGUAAUUUUCACAUUACUGCAGGGAAAAGCUUACACCUACCGAUGGGUCAUGUUCAUAUAAGUGGAUUUAUGUCCGAAGCCGACAGUAAUUUUACACAUAGGAUACACAGGUUAAGUUUUGGAGAUGAUAGUCCUGGAAUAAUUCACCCUAUGGAAGGUGAUGAAAAAAUUACUGCAAAUUCUAUGAUGUUGUAUCAGUAUUUUAUUGAGGUUGUUCCAACAGAUGUUGAGACAUUUUUGGGGACUACACAAAGUUGCCAAUAUUCCGUUAAAGAACUUUCUAGACCUAUAGAUCAUGCUUCAGGUUCUCAUGGUAUAGCAGGUAUAUUUGUAAAAUAUGAUAUGUCUGCUUUGAAAGUUAAAGUACAACAAGAAAGAGAUAGUUUGCCUAAACUAUUAACAAGGCUAUGUGCAACAAUUGCAGGGAUACAUAUCACAAUGGGACUGAUAAACAGCCUGAUGCAUAGUAUAUAUGAUUUUAUUUGUUGUAAGAAAGGUGUUACAAAUGAUAUUAAAAAAUCAAAGAGUGAUGCAAAGAGUCCUCAAGUUGAUUUAUUCAAUUCUGCGAAUCUCAUAAAUCUGUAAAAAAAUUAUUUAUCUACAAAAUAAUGUUCCAAAAAACUACGGCGUUAUGCGAAUCCGUUAUAUACGGGCCAAAGGACUAAUGAAAAAAGAGAUGUUAUGUUCCAAGGAUUCACAAAAACAUGCUACAUCUUAUAAUUUUAUAAUAAAUAUUAUAUACAUUAAUUUUUUUUAAGAAGUUAUACACAUUAAAUAUUUUUUUCGUCAUAACUAACAAGUGCUAUCCAAUGAGAUCGUUUUCUUUUUGGCAAAAAAUAUACAUUGGUACUCCGCCUUACGAGCUUAAUUCGUUCCGCAAGCACGCCCGAAUGUCGAAUUGUACGUACUUCGAAGCAAAUUUAUCCAUAUAAAUACAUUGAAAUGCAAUUAAUUUGUUCCACCACAGUGUUUUUAAUAAUAAUAACAUUUAUUGCCAACAUCAAAUACAUACUCUGCAGAAACAUAUCAAAUGUCUAAAUAAAAAAUGACUAAAUUUUUAUGAUUCUAGUUUUUGAGUUUAAAACAACUAUCCAUUGAGCAUAAUUUUUUUUCCAACUUAUUUCAACUCAGCUGCAACUUUUUGGGGGUAAUUUUUAUCCACAAACUUUUCAACUUUGUCCCACAUUGCACGAACAAAUGCAUGACAUUAAAAUUAAUGAAUUGAUUUUUUCAACUUCAAAAUAAUUUACUUUUAAUAUUUGUAUGAUCCAUAAAAAUACUUGUUACAAGAACGUUCUCACUCGCACGUUUUCGAAUACGCUAGGAGAAAUUCGCUGCUUUGUGAUACAAGCGGCAUCGCUUCUUUGGCGGCUCGCUCAUAUCACGAAUUUUGCUCGUAUAAAGAAGCAAAUAAGCCGCGCCUUCGGCGGCUCGUA